AUGUCAGGGGCUCGAGUAGCGAUUCUCGUAGUAAGCGAUACCGCGUCCCUCGACCCGUCCGCCGACCGCUCCGGCCCGGCGCUACAAAGCCUACUCACCCAAGCAGGAUAUGUGUGCACGCAUCUCGAGAUCGUCCCCGACGAUGAAACCCGCAUCCGGACAGUCGUCCUCGGGUGGUGCGAUCACGGCGAUGUGGACUGGAUCGUCACCACGGGCGGGACAGGCUUUGGGCUGCGCGAUAGGACGCCUGAAGCGAUCAAACCCUUACUCGAUCGAGAAGCCCCGGGGCUUGUGGCCUUGAUCCUCAACGCCUCGCUCCAAGCCACACCGCUCGCAGCGCUCUCUCGUCCCGUUGCGGGCACGAUCAAGAACACACUCAUAGUCACCCUUCCUGGGAGCGUCAAGGCCGUCCAGGAGAACACAGCUGCCCUCCUUCAACCAGGGGUGAUUGAGCAUGCUAUCGAGCUUGUCCGGGGAGGGACUGGGAGACGCGUCCACGAGGAUCUAGAAACUGAAGGCGUGCGUGUACCGGCCGAAGGCUCCGUCGUCUCCGCAGGCUCAGCUAGAUCGGGCUCUCACCACCACCAUAACGGUAAUGGCCAUGUCCAUAGCCACACUCAUAGUCCCAGUCACACCCACAGCCAUGGACACGGACACGACCACGGCCACAGCGUGCCACAGCCACGCAGCGUUCUGUCGCAAGACCCAGGAUUGCCGGCCCAUGCCAGACCUAGGGAGUCUCCGUACCCCUUAGUGACUAUAGCGGACGCACUUCUUACCAUUCUUAGAGAGAUACGACCGUUGCCUGUCUAUGACGAACCCGUAUCCGAGGCGUUACGGGGCCUCGUGAUCGCAGAGGACGUCUAUGCGCCUCAAAAUGUCCCUGCAACGUUCACUACCAACGUGGACGGCUAUGCGAUCAGGUCGACGGACCCGCCGGGCAUAUACAGGGUCCUGACCUCCCGCAAUCAUCUGCUCUCUAUCCCAGUACCGCCAGGCGCGGUGUUCCGCGUCAACACGGGGGGUCCGCUCCCGGCUGGGACCGACGCAGUGAUCAUGGUGGAAGACACCCGCGUCUACAGCACACAGAGGUCCCCUACCGGCGAGGAGGUGGAGGAGAACGAGAUCGAGACGCUCGCGCAGGUAUCGCGCGGCGAAAACGUUCGCGAUCCUGGGUCUGAUGUGCGUCAGGGCGACCUCGUGCUCGAGCGGGGUACGGUGGUCAACAGCUCAGGCGGCGAGAUUGGCACGCUUGCGUUCGUCGGGCGGACGAGGGUGAGGGCGCAUAGGAAACCGGUGGUCGCGCUCCUGAGCACGGGGAACGAGCUGCUGGACGUGCAAGCGCCUAACCCUCUCCCCAGCGACGGAUGGGGUGGUAUAUGGGAUACGAACCGUCCUUCUCUAAAGGCUGCGCUCGUCGGACUCGGAUACGAAGUGGUAGACCUCGGAAUUGUACCCGACAACUUGCAGGCCCACGUCGAAGCUCUCCAGCGCGGUCUGGGGUCCGCUGACCUCAUCCUCACCACAGGCGGGACGUCCAUGGGCGUCGGCGACCUCCUCAAGCCCGUGAUCGAGUACCACCUGGGCGGGACCAUCCACUUCGGCCGCGUCCGCGUCAAGCCCGGCAAGCCCACCACCUUCGCGAGCAUCCCCACCCCGGGCGAACGCGUCGAGCGCGUGCCGCUCUUUGCGCUCCCGGGGAACCCCGCCAGCGCGCUUGUGAUGUUCCACAUAUUUGUCAUCCCUGCGCUGAGGCGGCUGGGUGGGUGGCCCGAGGUGCGGUGCAGGCUGCCGAGCGUGAGGGUGCAGAUCCAGGAGUCGCUGCGCCUCGACCCACGCCCGGAGUACCAUCGCGCGAUCAUCAGAGUCGCUCCCGAGGGUUUGAAGGCGUACAGUACUGGGGGACAGCGGUCGAGCAGGGUCGCGAGUCUGAAGGGGGCAAAUGGGCUUAUCGCGCUGCCUCCGAGGGUGGAGGGCGGGGCCAGCAAGCUUGAGAUCGGGGACUACGUUGAGGCGAUCCUUAUUGGAGAGUUACAGAUGGCAUAGAUGUGAUAAUGGAGAAGGCUAGCGGUACAGAUACGGUGUUGUACAGUGGAUGGGACGUUAGGAAUCGUUCGUGCAGGGGUAUCGAGGUCAUUUCUUCAUAGCAGCGAGUUCCAUGGCAUCCACUUCGGCCUGCAGCUGCGCUGCUUCCUCUUCGAGCUUCUGGCGCUGUCUGGCAAGCAUCUGCAGCCGGCGCACAUCAAUCUUGCUCAUCCCAGCCGUGUUCGCAGUCGCCCUCGAGGAAGGGCGGGACUGUAACGCCUCGACCUUCGCUUGGAGUAUGCUCUCUCGUUUCAAGAGAACCUGGAGGCCCUUCUCUGCGCGAGAAAGGAGCUCGUUGAUCUGCGGCUCUAUCUCGUCGGUCAAGUCCGCCUUGUAUCUUCUAACGGUACCCUCAUCAACGAGGAGGAAUACUCGUUCACUGUCGAGGACUUUCGUCAUGCGAGGAAGGUCGUACGUGCCUUGCCGAAUGAGUUCCUGUGCCUCGUACGCCUCGUCACAGCAGUCUUCCAUGGCCAUGACACAUUCUCGGAGAUACGGGCUGCAUGUCGCAUUGGUGUCUACAGCUCGAUACAGUUCUGGGUUCCCUGGAAAUAUAGAGUCCCUGGGACCCAGCCUCGGAUGGACUGAUAGACGAGACACUCUGUGGCUCCUUUCCAUCUUGGAUGUGUCCG